AUGGCAUCGAAUAUUGCUAACCAUGAGGGUAGCGCUACAGGUAUUCCCAUCGAUACGCAUUCAUCUGUAGAACCUGAGACCAACAACGAUCAAAGCGAAAGUGAUUCCGAAUGCUACGCACCUAAUGAUUUACUUUCGGACAGUAAGAGUUAUUACAACAAUGCAAAAAACUAUUGGUCGAACGUGUCUCCCACAGUGGAUGGGAUGCUUGGCGGGUUUGGCAGCAUAUCUUUCAUCGACAUCCGCGGAUCAGAACUGUUCCUGAAGCAUCUGUAUAAGCAAAAACCGGCCCCGGGACGCAGUAGAGCCUUAGAUUGCGGUGCGGGAAUCGGGAGAAUCAGUAAGAAUCUGCUUUUGCCAUUGUUCGACCAUGUGGACCUGGUAGAGCAGGACGAACAUUUUUGCCAAACAGCUCGCAUUGAACUGGCAGAUUACGGCACCAAACUGGGUACAGUAUUUAACGAAGGUUUGCAAGAUUUUGUCCCCGAGGAAGGGCGUUACGAUAUUAUUUGGGCCCAGUGGGUGCUAGGCCAUUUGACGGAUGAGGAUACGGUACAAUUUUUCCACCGUUGUACGAAUGCACUUGCCCGUGGAGGGAUGAUAGUGAUAAAAGAAAACUUUACCACAAGCAAUGUGGUAGACGUCGAUAGAACCGAUUCGUCGGUAACUAGACCGUUGUUACAGAUGAAACUAUUACUAAAGCAAGCCAACAUGCGCGUCGUUAAGGAGCAACGUCAAACGAGCUUCCCCAAAGAACUGUAUCCCGUGUACAUGUUGGCACUUCGACCUACGAUAAAGAAAUAAA